AGUCGCCAUUGCCUAAGUAUGAAAGCAUGGUGUCACGACAGGUCGACAUGAGUCUCCCAAAGUUCCUUCUUUUCUGCCUCAUCACAGCCUCAUCGAGGCUAAGAGCUGAAUACGCUGGAGGGCCUCAGAAUCAGAUCGUAGAAAGAGUGAUCCUGGUGGAACGUCCGCUUGCAUUUCUGUUCGAUGAGGUCCGGAGAAGCGGAGCGCCUGUGGAGCAGGGUGUCAGUGACAACAUUCCUCCCCAUGAGAAGUAUGCAGAAAUGGCCCGGUACAUCGUUCACCACUCAGAAUGGGCUUCUAUUGCAACAUUGUCUACUCGAGGCCCAACUGCAGGACUACCAUUUGCAAAUGUCAACCCCAAUGCUUCUCUUGUUAUGACUCUGGCCCAGUCAGAUUAUUGCAAGGAAAAUCACUAUGAUCCAGAAAGUCCACUUUGUGCAAGAGUGAUCUUGAAUGGACAAUUCAGUGUCAUCCCAAAAAGUUCACCUGAAUGGAAAUUUUCUCAGAAAGCCUUGUUUUCACGACAUCCAGAGAUGGCUGAUUGGCCUCCAGAUCAUUCUUUCUUCUUUGCCAAGUUGAAUUUAACCUUUGUCUGUGUGCUGGACUACUUUGGAGGAGCUCAAGAAGUUUCUGUCAGUGAUUACUUCCAAGUAGGCUUAGCCUUUUGAAGCUCACAUAUUAUUUCCAUCCUGAGGCUUCCUGGAGGAAGUGCUUCCUGCAGGUAAAUGCAAACCUGCCUACUUCCCUUCUUGUAAAUUGCAAUUGUGAAGAGACUCAUGUGGCUCAUUUGUCUCAAUACCUGGUCCUGUUGCAGGUGCUGGUUGUUACUGCCCAGGAGUAUGCCAUACAUAUGGGGCAAUUACUUAUAAUCAUGCUGUCAUCAAAUGCAUAGUGGGUGGUUACUUGAAACCAUAACAUCAUUGAAUAAAAUGGGGAAAAUGGCCAGGAUUAUGUAAGGGGAGUAUUUUUAUCUUGUCAGUGCAUAGAUACACAGUUAUUUUCCCUCCAAAGCGUUGAGUCUAUGCUGUCUGUGUAGAGAUUGUCCACUUUUUUGUGACUUAAUGCAAAUAUGAAGCCAUUUACUAUCAACACUGUUGACCAACAUUGACACCCUGCUGACCCCUGUUUUAAUUGGCCUCAUCAUGACUCAGGAAAGCCAAAACUCUGGGAUAUCUGUUGUAUUGCCCAAGUUCUUUUAUAGCCCUCAUAUUAACUUAUACACAGAUGUCUCUGUCAUGAAAGUCGAUAAGGUCUGUAGCUUAAGGUGCCAAGCAUUUUAUUGUUCUGACUAUCCUGACAGUCAGCAUCAAAUUCCAACUGCACUUAAUGGAGAUUGUUCAUCCCAGGGUGUAUAUAAUCCUGUGCCUUCUGUCUUUCCCUUUUUCAGUCUGCUGUGGUUGAAGUGUCCUUGAAGUAAAGCUGUGGUGAUUGGAAACUAUCCAUGAAUUAAAACUGUGAUUAUUGAAUAGUGCCAGAUUCAUGAUAUAAAGCUGUGAUGAUUGAAGUAAUCAAUGUUCCAGAGGGUACAUUAAUACAGAAAUGAUU